AUUAUUUUAAAAGAUAAGCUUUCAUACAUCCAUGCAUGUUGACUUAGAAGCUUGUAUACUGUUCCGUACGGUUACCCCUUGUUUAUGCCCCGUUUGGCAUGCCUUUUAAAAAUAAGUGUUUUCUUAGAGUUAAUACAGAAAUGCGUACAAGCAAAGCUAAUGAGAUAUAGUUUCUCUUUGAAUCUCUUCUUAAAGGAGAAGCAAAUUCAAAUGCCCUCUCAAACGACGUCUGAAUAUAUAUCUUGGGCCAGAAAAAGCCAUGCCGUUUCUUGGGUUGCACGUUUCUCUGUUUUCAUAAAAAGCCCAAUCAAAGUGCCUUUCUAAAGAAAAUAAUACAACCAAAGCAGUAGAACAAGAGCAUCUUGGCAAUUACUGCAAAGUCACGUCAGUUUGCAACGUCUUGGAAUUGUGAAAAGCUCAAGUCAUUUGAUAUUGAUAUGUAUCCCAAGAGUAAUGUGAUCUUUCCAAAAAAACUUUGAUAUAUUGGCAACAAUCAACCAGCUACAUACAUACAUGAUGUCAAAACAAAAAUCAGCCGGCAGAACUUUAGCAUUUUUAUUUUCUAUUUUUAUACUGGGGUGGGGAUUCAAACUCUUGGAUUUGACAGUUAAAUAGUUACUAUGCUUUAAGAGCUUUUUGAAGUGAAGACAAGCAAGCAUACAAAAAGAUAAUAACGCAUUAACAUGUGCAAUUGUGCAUUUCAUAAGUUCAUAACUUGUCGAUUUCACAAAGCAAUAAAUAAAUAAAUAAAUGGUCUUUUACUCUCAGUAGUGAUAAAUAACCAGUUGGAUAAGUAUAUCGGUACUAAUUAACUAGUAACGACAUAUCAACAAUUAUAAAAUAAAAUAAAAUAAAAACCUUGAAUUGAAAUAAUUGAACUUUAUCACAUUAAAUUUAAAGCAAAAACCAAAUAUACUGAAAACAAGUUAUACAGAAUAAUUGCCAAAUAGUAACUGUCCUGAAAUACUGAGUCCUGUUUGACUGUUAAAGGGUUAAAUUUUCCAACCAAUCAAAUGCGGAAAAUGCUCUGAUCUCCACUGCACAACGCAAAGUUGGUUAUAUAUAGAGAGUUUCUCCUUACAUACCCAGCUUAUUAAGACAAAAUUCUUGAUUAGUUUGAUAACACCAAAUCCUUAAAUAGAGAUCGAAAAGAAAGCAAAUUAACUUGGAAAAAUCAUGGCAAGCUUUAGCCUGGUUACCAGCCUCCCAAAAUUUGCUCAUGUUGGAGGAACAAUUGCAAGGAGAUGUAUGUACAAACCCAGCAGUGUCUUUUUGCCUGUUGCCCAUAGACGCAUGCAAACACAGGCACGCUCACAUCAAGAAGCUUCAGCAGCAAAAGCCAAAGAAGCAGUACAAGAAGGGGUAAAGCAAGCCAAGGAGACUGGUCAAAAUAUCAAAGAUACUGCUGCCUCUGCUGCUGACAAUGUUACCCAAAAGGCUAAAGAGAUGGCAGGAAAGGUGAGUGAAACAGCCCAAGAUGUGGCGGAGAAAGCAAAGCAGACAGCGCAAGACGCUUGGGGAACUGCUAAAGACACAGCCCAGAAGGCCAAAGAUACCGUGAUAGGCAAGGCUGAAGAGUCUAAAAAUUGUGUCCAAGAAAAAGCCGAGCAAGUGAAAAAGACCAUGAAUUAAUUAAUUCAUGCCCUUUAGAAUAUUAAAGCUCAUCUCUGGAGAUUUUAUUUGUUUGUUUUUUCUUCCCUUUUAUAUCUCCAUUGAUUAAUGGGGGCUACAUUUCAGUUUGAUUUAAUCAUUUUUUUUAUUUUUUAUUUUUUAUUUUUGAAUUUUCAAUUCAAGAUAUAUAUAUAUAUAUAUAUAUAUAGUGGGGUGUAUGUAGUUUUUUGCCUUUAUUUUUUUCAUGUCAGAUGUAGAAGGAAAUGCUACUUCUUACUUCUCAGCGUGCUAAUAAAUCCUUUCUCAUCUGUAAAACUACUGCGCAUUACUGAACUGGGUUUAAUGAGAUCUGAGCUGUAAUAUCUCUGUUUAUCAGUUUAUGAUUCAUGCUUGAUGACAACGGUGAUUUUUUU